AUGUAUCAGGGACAUAUUGCUAGCCAAGGACAUAUGUGGCAACAGCCACCCCGCCUUCUCAUUGUGGAUGCUGCGUGCCCUUCCUGGGCCAGGGUCUGCUCCAAUCUCUGCAAGGCUCUCCAGAACUUCUUCUCUCUCAUCUGCAGCCUGGAAGGCCCUAGUCGCCUGCCCUUGUUCAGCAUGUAUGUGGUUCAGAGUCAGCAUGAGUGCAUUCUGCCUUUUGUGCAGGUGAAAGGGAACUUUGUGCGACUACAAGCCUGCAUCUCUGAGUUGCGCCUGGUACCAAGAGAAGGGGCUUUCCCAGCCCAGAGAUCCUGUCUGAAUCUGGCGGUGCAGGAUGGGCUCCAGCAGUUCAAACAGUACAGCAGGCACGCGAUGACAAACGCAACUCCAAGCAGCUCUUCGCUGGAGAUUACAGUGCUGACUUGCCAGUCUGGAAAAGAGAUUGUUAAACAGCUGGAGAGAGAGCUACAAGACAGAGACACAGUGAACCUCCGGAGACUGCAGGUCAUAGAGAUCUCAAAGGGAGACAUCCUGGAGGCCCCGGACUCCCCAUGUCACAGUUUAGCCCCUGCUGAAGAGUUUAGCCCUGAUGAGUGUUCCAUUCUGGGAACUGAGAUUGACCUUCAGAUCAUUGAAAAUGACACUGUGAGCAUAGAGAGUUUCUUCAAAGCUUGGCUACAAAACAGUGGGACAGACCAAGAGCAUCUCCAUCUCCUCCUUCCUUCACAACGUUUCAGCAGCUUCUCCAGUGUCAAAUUGGAACCAAUAUGUCUGAAAUGUGAUCUUCAAGAGCGGCUUCUUAACCCAGCCCUCCUCCCUGGCACAGCAGAGAGCCCCAGAGGACACUUCAGCUCUUUCUGCCAGAUGGCCCCCCAAUCAGCAGCAUCAUGUUACAGACUCCGGGUGAUCAAGGCUCUAGAAUCCAGCGGAGUCUGCGAGUCGGUGACAUAUGGACUCCCAUUCAUCAUCAGGCCGACAAGCUGUUGGCAGCUAGACUGGGAUGAGCUAGACACCAACCAGCAGCGUUUCCAUGCCCUGUGUCACAGCCUGCAGAAAAGAGAGUGGUUGCUGUUGGCCAGAGGAGAACCUGCAAGCCCAGGACCCAGACAGAAUGGUCCCGCCAGCACCUUCUACAUCAUCUUCCCAUCCAAUUCUCUCACGAUGCUUGUCAAGGCAGUGGCCACAUGUGAGCUGCUGCUGCCCAGCUCCUUCCCUCUGCCCUCUGAGGACCCACCUGAGAACAUCCUUAGGAGUAUGGAGAACACCUUGGAUGGCCUAGAGGUAGCUUCCAUCUAUAAUCCCCUGCAGACUAAGGGCCAUCUGUAUGAACACCUGAGAAGCCUCUUGUCCAAGCCCCAGGGGCUACUCACUCCAGGUCGGGAAGUCCGCCCCACCAGACAGGUUGGAAGGCUACACCCAAACCGAGCCCGAGCUACGGUGCCCCCUCUGCCCCUGGUGCCAGCGCUGCCUCCUUCAAGGGCCCAGAAGAUGCCAGCAGCUAAAAGGGACUCCUCAGAGCCUGUGCUGGUGCUUUCAGACGAUGAGCAGCUUUUCGGAGACCCCAGCUGCCUCAGCCCCACUCCUAGCAAAGCCCCCAAAUGAUUGGAGGGAAGCGUGCAGGUCUGCCCGUCCUCCUCCCCAAACGCCAGGCAGAACGCUCACGCCUAGAGACCAUGGGACCCGUCUGUCCCAGAAGGUUAGCUCAGGCUGUUCCAGGAGCCGGAGGUGGCAGGGAGCCUUCCCCGAUAGGACGCACUCAGGCGCUGUCCCCUUCCGGCAGAGGGCCGGUCCCGAUCCCUGAGGGCCACAGAGCCCAGUUUCACAAUAACCUGUUCCUGUACCAAGCUGUCUUCCCACUGAAUAAAAAGCAGCUUCUCCCACUCGUAGCCUUGACAGGUGAGUAGGAGCGCUGGGUUUGGGAAGUUGUGCCUCAAAGGACAGAAGCUUGGUUUGUGGAGCCCAGGCCACCAGGAGGGGCCUGUCUGCAUAAUGGCGUGGCCGGGAUAUUCCUCCCGGUCAGAUGCUGCCACGGGGGCUCAGACACUGGCGCUUCCUUCCUGAGCUGCCAGAGCCAGAAGUGACAGGAAACCUGCCCUGACAGGACGCCCUCAGGCGCUGUCCCCUCCGGCAGAGGGCCCGGCCGGAGACCACACGGGGAGGGAAGGGCUCACUAUGUGAGACUGGGGAUCCAAGAGGGGCCUGACGAGCCAAUCCUCUCCUGCCCCGUCCCGUACCCCCGGCCCCUGCUCCCUCCACCGCCCC